AACAUGUGUGCCGAGCGGCUGGGCCAGUUCGUGACCCUGGCUUUGGUGUUUGCCACCUUCGACCUGGCUCGGGGAACCGAUGCCACCAACCCGCCGGAGGGUCCCCAAGACAGGAGCUCCCAGCAGAAAGGCCGCCUGUCCCUGCAAAACACAGCGGAAAUCCAACACUGUUUGGUCAACGCUGGUGAUGUGGGGUGUGGAGUGUUUGAAUGUUUUGAGAACAACUCUUGUGAGAUUCGGGGCUUACACGGGAUUUGCAUGACUUUUCUACACAACGCUGGAAAAUUUGAUGCCCAGGGCAAGUCAUUCAUCAAAGAUGCCUUGAAGUGUAAGGCCCAUGCUCUGCGGCACCGAUUUGGCUGCAUAAGCCGGAAGUGCCCGGCCAUUAAGGAAAUGGUGUUCCAGUUACAGCGGGAAUGCUACCUCAAACACAAUUUGUGCUCUGCCGCCCAGGAGAACACCAGGGUGAUGGUGGAGAUGAUUCACUUCAAGGACUUACUGCUACAUGAACCCUACGUGGACCUGGUGAACCUUCUGCUGACCUGUGGGGAGGAGGUGAAAGAGGCCAUCACCCACAGCGUUCAGGCUCAGUGUGAGCAGAACUGGGGAAGCCUGUGCUCCAUCCUGAGCUUCUGCACCUCAGCCAUCCAGAGGCCCCCCACGCUGCCUCCUGAGCGCCAGCUCCAGGUGGACAGAGCCAAGCUCUCCAGGGCCCACCACGGGGAAGCGGGUCACCACCUCUUGGAGCCCAGUAGUCGGGAGACAGGCCGAGGUGCCAAGGGCGAGCGAGGUAGCAAGAGCCACCCAAACACCCAUGCCCGGGGCAGAGCAGCCAGCCGUGGGGCUCAGGGAACUUCUGGAAGCAGCGAGUGGGAGGAUGAACAGUCUGAGUAUUCCGAUAUCCGGAGGUGAAACAAAAGGCCCGGCCAGGAAAUCUUUCCUCCAUGCCGUCCAUUUGCUUCUCUAUGGACAUUCCAAAACAUUUGCCAUUGAAGAGGGGGGAUGUCACACGCAGGAUUUGGUGGGGAUUGCAGACUUGAAGAAGGUGUAUGUUGGAAUGAACAGGUAAGGCAGAGAAUCCCUGGGCAGCAGUGAGGUCUGGCCUGUGCCCAGCAGGUUCGACACUCCCACAUCCCGAAAUGAGUGUGCCACCUGUCCUCCUCGCAACUUUGUCUUCUUUCCAUCCUGGAGCCACUGGGUGGCAGCCUGCGGUUCACUCUGCUGUGGGGGAGGCGGCCCCAGGGAGGGGUCAGGGGUCAGUGGGCCCCGCCCCGCAGCUGCGGUGCUGUCUUGGUGGAGGGCAAAUGGACUCCAGUGCGGGAGUGAAUGUGAAAAUCUCUCUGGGAAUCAGAAGGGUGGAGAGGAGGCAGGGGCCGUGUAGGUGCUUGGCGACAAACCAAGAUUCAGUUUCUUGCAUGGGACCGUGAGGUCUGGAGCUGCUUGUUGGGGGGAGGGCAAGGGUUCUAAGUAUAAUUUCUGAGCCAUUGUUCUGUCUGGGGACGGCAUCCGAGGGAGUGGCCCCUGUGUGUUUAUAUUUUAACCACUGCUUCAAAUCUCAAUUUCACUUUUUUAUUUAUCCAGUUACAUCUACAUAUCUGUCAUCUAAAUAAAUGGCUUUCAAACAAAGCAACUGGGUCAUUAAAACUAGCUCAAAGGGAAAAAAAAAGCCCAUCUUUAGUGGCUGAUUUUUUUUUUUUUUUUGAGCAUUAUUUUAAAAGGAAUCAAAGAGUAAUGUAACUGUACGUCUGGCUGCCUGGCAUGGGGUUGUAGCCGCUUUGGGCAAAACCCACCCCUGCAGGGAAAUGCACACACAAGGGGUACAUAUGACAAAUUUCCAUUAGCAUUUUGUUCUCCUUGACCGUCAGCCAAAAUCAAUAAAGGACCAUACCCUGGAUUCCGUGAAGGCAAGUUGGAAACCUGGCUUCUGCAUGCUAGAGGAUUGAAAAGCGGAGAAGAGAGGGAAGACUACUCAAUAAUUUCCAGCAGGGAAGGCCGACCUUUCUCAUAAAUGGAGGAAACGGCUGAAAAACCAAGGGACACGUUUUUUCUAGAUCCCAGCCUGGAAAUAACAGCAAUGAGGAAAGAGUCAGAGUGGACAAAAGAAAGGCAGAAAGGAGAGGCAGAAGUAAAAAUAUGAGGAGCAGGAGAGGGUUGUAAGAGUGUCAGCAAUGGAAUCUUGUGGUUAUUUUAAAUGUUUCAGAGGUAAGCCCUUUCUUUUCUUUCCUAAUGGGCUAUCAAAUUAAAGCUUAUCCUUUCUUAAAGCCAGUACUCAAAUAGGAGCCCAGUAUUGUGAGGAGUGGACAGGGGUUCUGGGCCAGGCCCUUCUAGAGCAGGGGUCAGCAAACUUCUUCCUGAAGGUCCCAAUAGUAAAUCCACUCUCUUCAGUUUGGCAGGGCAUAUGGCUUCUGCUGCGACUACUCAGCUGCUCCACUGUAGCCUAGAAAGACAUAUGCAGACGACACAUAACAAAUAGGCUUGGCUCUGCUCCCAUAAAAUUUUAUUUAACAGAUGCCCAGUUGGAUUUGGCUCUCAGGCCUGAGUUUGCUAACCCCUGUUCUAGUAAGUGGGCAAAAAAGUAUGCAUCUCCAUUUAUAUCAGUUCACAACUCUCUCUCAGAGCAACCUGAGGCCAGAGAUAAAGAAGCUAAAUUUAUCUACUUUAAAAUGAUUUGUUCUGGGGAAUGAUCUUACCCAAAACACAGCUAGUAUUUAUAUACCCCAAAUCCAAUCUCAUUGCUGCCAGGACAUGGGGCUGGAGGGUUAUCUCCCUAAUCUUUCAUGAUCCAUGUUGGAGAGUUGAUCUCCAUUUGGGUGUAGGGAGGGAGUGGGUGGGGGACAAAAUGCUGGGAAAAGCACCUAGAAAGAGCUGGAGCUGCAGAAAGCAGAGGAGAUGGUGUGCAUUUAAUCCAGCUCUGCCCGCGGUGGGGGAGGAGGACCGGUGUGUCAGGCUCUGCCAUGGGAACCGAACGUAAACCAUGGCUGUCGCCUGCCAUGGGCCGCUGUAGCACGUUGACUGUUUUACUUACAUCACUCAGAAGCUGAAGCAAUAACAUUCUCCCGCAUUGCUCUGUCAGCUGUUCAUUUGUUCGUGGCUCCUGGGCUGGAUGUGAAAGGCAUCACUUUUGUACUUUCCUCAAUGUAAAUGUUUUAUGUGUUUGCCUACUGAUGUCCCAUUUGUUGCUUCUAUUGUAAAUAUUUGUCAUUUAUAUUUAUUAUCUCAGCAUGUUGCCCCCCCAGGGCAUGAAAUUUCUUACUAUGUUCAUUUGAACCCCUUUGCUGAUCUCUGUUGUACAUUUUUCAUGCCACUGGUUUGUUUCUCAAAAGUUAGGUACGUAUCAUUUCAACCUGGUUCCUAAUGUUUUGCAGUAUACAAUUGUUUUUAUUGGUAAGGUUCUUUGGCUCAAAACUGAGGAAAAGUGCAAAUUCCUGUAGGCAUUGACAGAGCUAUUUGUACAAUCUAAAAUGUAACAAAGUAGUCAUUAAAAAUAGACCCUCAACUUGGGCUUCAUAAUUCAUACAAAUUUACUCAUGAGCCUUCCUUUGAGGAAGGAUGUGGAUUUCCAAAUAAAGUAUGAUGUUUAUUUUAAGCUUUGCAUCUUAACAAGAUGAUCUGAACACCUCUCCUUUUGUGUCAAUAAAUAGUCCUCUUACUCUGAAAUGAGAGGACUGAGUAUAGUGAAAUGCUGACACCCAAAACUAAAUACAUAGAAAACACCAGCCCAGAACUGUGCUCAUACUCUCAUGCACACAGGCACACACACCCACAGAGAAAUUUAAACUCAAACCAAGUAAAAGCCUUCACUAAAACAACAUGGAAAAACAAUGCUUCUAGGGCCCAUUUCCUAAGGAAGAACAACCUCGUCUGAUCUCAGAAUUGGCACCACGUGAGCUUGCUAAGUCAUAAUAUCUGUUUCUGUUACGGAUUUAGGCAGCAGGUCCUGUAUAUUGUCACAUGGCAUUAUUUUUCUCCAAGCGUUAAUAAAGGUUUUAAAUAAA